CUUUAACUCAUCAAAUCAUUUCUUCAUUUUCCCAAAUGAAAAAACUUCCUUUAUAGAAAUUCACGGAGAGGAGGAAGAAGAAGAAGAAUAAUAAUAAUUAAAGUCCGUUCCUUUUUUUCCCUGUGAAUUCCACCGCAAACCCAAAAAAAACAAAGCAAAAACUUCUUUUUGUUGUUCUCUCUCUUUUGGUCCAACUUGUGAGUCUCAAAGUCUGGUAAUUUAUCAUUUUUGGUGAAAAAUUAUGUGUCUUUUUUAUCCUUGUUCUGCUUUAAAACUUUUGUAUUUGUUGAUGAUCCACGAUCGAUGAUCACGAUCUCCUUGGAAGAGACAGUUUUUGAUAUUCUUGUGAACGCUUUAUAUUGUUGUUGAUGGUUCUGUUCUGAUCUGGGUUUGUGUUGUGUGUUAAUCUAAUGAUCUCGUUGUUUUAUUUUACUGGACUUACAAAAAGUUUUGAUCUUGAUGAUCUGUUUUUUGUGAUCUUAUUGGUUAAACAUGAACAGCAUUUUGUCUCUGGCAAAAUUUAAACGUCUUCUUCAAUCAUCAUCACCACUUUGCAUUUCAAAGGUAGCUCUUCUAUUACUACAACAUGUGUAUGUAUGUAUGUAUAUAUGCCUGAAGAUUUUGGCUUUUAGGAUCGUAGGAGUGAACAAUGUAUUAGUUUAAUGAUGGUUUUGGUGAUUUUAGUAAGUUUCUUUUUUUUUUUGUGUUAUGGUUUUUGGUGAUUUUUAGUGAGUUAUAGAAACAUUUUGGGCUCUGAAAUGGAUACUACAACAUCAAGUGGUAGUAGCCCUGCUACGUUACAACUCCAUAGCAUCAUUCCAGAGAAUCCCAUCACUGCAAUGGAAUUGCCAUUUCCUUCAUUUCUGCGUCUAAAACGCCACUGCCUUGGGAGUUCUGUUCCUGGAGAAUUCUUCUUGGCUUCUGUUCCUUCCAUUGUCCUUCAUGUUCUGACAACAUGUGAUUUGGGUCCUCGGGACCUUGCGAAACUCGAGGCAACAUGCUCCUUCUUCAGGAAGCCGGCAAACUUUUCCCCUGACUUUGACCUUUCUAUCUCAGAGCUUGCAGCUCUCGACAUUUGCCAAAAGAGGGCGAUAUUUAAAUGUAUGGGAGAGGAAGAACGCCAAGAAAUGAAAAGGAAAUGCGGAGGCUCGUGGAAGUUGGUUUUAAACUUCUUGCUAGCUGGUGAGUUUGGUUGCAGGCGGGAGAAGUCACAAGCACUUGCAGGUCCUGGUCAUAGUAUUGCCGUGACAUCAAAGGGUGUUGUCUACUCCUUUGGAUUUAAUGGUUCAGGACAACUUGGUCUUGGAACCACUCAAGACUCUUGGCAGCCUCGACCAAUCAGAUCACUUAACGGGAUCCGUAUCAUUCAAGCAGCUGUUGGCACUGAUAGAACAAUAUUAAUCAGUGAUGCUGGUGAAGUUUAUGCCUUUGGAAAAGAUUGUUUUAGCAAAACUAAGUCAGAAGUCCAAGAAACUAAGCUAAUCACAACUCCCCAGCGGGUCAAGUCCUUGACGGACAUCUUUGUGGUACAAGCUGCGAUAGGAAAUUACUUCACGGCGGUUCUGUCGAGAGAAGGCAGAGUCUAUACAUUAUCAUGGGGAAGUGAUGAAAGACUCGGUCACGAUACUGACCAUAGCUGUUCGUUGCCUCAACCUCUGUUGGGGGCCUUGGAGAACAUCCCGGUAGUGCAAAUUGCUGCUGGCUUUUGCUAUCUGCUUGCUUUAGCAUUUCAACCCACCGGCAUGUCGGUGUACUCAGUUGGAUGCGGUUUGGGUGGCAAGCUUGGACAUGGUUGUGACGACUGUGAAACACAGCCUCGUCUGAUUGAGCAGUUUGGUCUUUUAAACAUUGAACCGGUUAUGGUCUCAGCAGGUGCAUGGCAUGCAGCUGUAGUUGGGAGAGAUGGGCGAGUCUGCACGUGGGGUUGGGGUCGGCAUGGCUGCUUGGGUCAUGGAACCGAAGAGUUACAAAUGGCUCCUAAGGUGGUAGAUGGAUUGAAAGAUGUUAAAGUUGUUCAUGUCGCUACUGGAACAUACGCAACCUUUGUUACAUCUGAUGAUGGUCAAGUUUACUCAUUUGGGAGUGGAGUAGCAGCCAAUCUUGGACAGCAGGACGAUGUGGAUGAGGAUACUCUUACCCCGAAGCUGGUUUUGUCGUUGAAGGAGACUAAAGAGCGUAUGGUUCAUGUGAGUUUGACAAACGCGGGGAAUUGGAAUGGUCAUACAUUGGUAAUGACCGAGUCCGGGACACUCUAUGCGUUCGGGACUGGGGACAGAGGACAGCUUGGGGUGGAGCUCGGUGAUAAUUCAAAGGAAAGAGAGGAACCAGCCAAAGUUGCUGGUAUUGAUCUUUCUUAGAGAUUUGGGAGAAAGAAACAAAAAAAAAGCAUCUUCUUAAUUUAGGUUUUUUCAUGUUGAUCUUGACUAAUGUUUAAAGAAGUGGUUGUACAUAGCAACAGUUAAGAUGGUUAUGGCUUCUUUUGUUAGAUUGAAUCGUACAAGGAACAACAGUUUAAUGUUUCUUUUGAAAUUUCUGCUUCACAA